GUCGUACCAUAAUGAUCUGAUACGAACAGAAAAGUAUUUAAGUCGAUUCUUAGGCUGCUAACUUAUAGACCCCACAUCUUAAAGAAUUCAUUGACCAUGACUCCUAUUCCCAAUUCUCGCAUUAUCUACAAGGCAGUGCCCAAGGGGUUUCCGGUCCCUGGCGAGCAUCUGGUCUAUGAGUCGAACAGCGCAUCCAUCGACAUCGAUAAUGCGCGCCUCCAUGGCGGUGCCUUAGUGAGGACCGUGUAUAUAUCCCUGGACCCCUACUUGCGCGGCACUAUGAGAGAUCCCUCCAUCCAGAGUUAUGCAGCUGCCAAUCAAGUCGGAGAGCCAAUGAAAAGCAGGACCAUAUGCAAAGUUAUUCGCUCCGAAGACCCUGAUUUCAAUCCAGGAGACUAUGUCUUGGCACCUAAUGGCGAUUGGUCGUUGCAUGCUGUCUUUACCAAGGCAGAUGGUCUCACCAAACUUCAGAAACCUGCAAAUGUAUCAUUAUCGACUUACGCCGGCGUUCUGGGAAUGCCCGGUUUGACGGCAUUUCUCAGUCUUCGUGCAUUUGGGAGGAUGAAAGCAGGCGAAACUCUCUUCGUUUCCACAGCUGCUGGAGUUGUCGGAAGCAUAGUAGCACAACUCGCCAAGCUUGCUGGGCUGAAAGUUAUUGGUUCCACCGGUGAUGACAGGAAAGUUGAAUGGCUUAAAGAAGAGCUCAAGUUGGAUGUUGCAUUCAACUACAAAACAACUAAGGUGGCGGACGUCCUGAAGGAGCAUGGGCCUAUCGACAUCUACUAUGAUAAUGUUGGCGGAGAGACUUUGGAUGUGGCUUUUGAACAUAUAAACAAGCAUGGCAGAAUCAUUCUUUGCGGAUUCGUUACGGAGUACAACAAAGGAGAAAGGUCCAGCUAUGGUGUUAAGAACUUGUCAUCCAAAGCUGUAUCCAAGACACUCUCAAUCAACGGGUUCGUCAUUUGGGACAUUGUCGAUAAAGAAGGUCUCGAUGCGUUCCAAGAAGAAUACCGACCGCUUGUGGAGCAAGGACAGAUCAAAUAUCAGGAAACCAGGUAUCAAGGGUUUGAAAUAAUCCCUGAAGCUUUCUUGGCAAUGUUCAAUGGGGAAAAUUUAGGGAAGACCGUUGUCGCCGUGUCUGAGGAGUGAAGAUUUAGAAUUAGGGGAUUUAUCUGUUUCCAUUGCGGUCUCCCUGAUGUUUCAACCAGUGAUUUGUGCAGAGGUUCCUGUAA